AAAAAAAAUGAAAAUCUAAUCUGUACAAACCGAAUUUAGCUAGGCCAGCAGCUCUCAUAAGGGAAAAUUUCGCAACGCUUUCCCAUUUAUCGCAAAGGAAAAGAUACGGCGAGCCUCUUCCUCGGCCCUUCUAUAUUCUUUCACGUAACCCUACUUACCUACCAACCGGCCAACAACCAACCAAUCCGAUGGCAACCACCACCCAGAAACCCGUCGCCGCCGCAACCUCCACCCCCACCCCCACGACUCCUGCAUCCGUCACUCUCGCCGCCAUUUUAUCUGCAGAACCAAACCCUAAGAAGAUCGUGUCAUCCUCCUCGGAUAAGUCUGAUCCUCCUAACGCUGAGGGAUCUCUGAAGGAGAGUGGGGGUUCGAAGACCACCGGGACUACUGUGGGCUCGGUCGUCGGGGAUGAAAGCGGUCCCGUUAACGAUAUCCAGAAGAAGAUUCGCCGAGCUGAGCGGUUCGGCGUACCUGUACAGUUGUCCGAGCAAGAGAAGCGUAAUUCUAGGGCCGAGAGGUUUGGCACUGCACCCAGCCCAAAGGGAUCAGAAGCAUCGAAGCAAUCAGAGGAGGUGAAGAGGAAGGCUAGAGCUGAGAGGUUUGGGCUUGCUGUACCCUCUACAACUGUUGAUGAGGAAGAGAAAAGGAAAGCUCGUCUUGCCCGAUUUUCACCAUAUUCCAAACCUGACACCAUUGAAGGAGAAAAAAGAAAAGCAAGGGCAAUCAGGUUUUCGGAUCCCCUGUCAACUUCUUUAGCACAGGUAAAUCACAAGGGGACUAUUGAACCAGAGGCUCCUGUUGCUGGAAAGGCUGCUGGAGGACUCUAAAUAGAAAUUACCAUAGUUAGAAGGUCUAGUGUCCUAACAGCUUGUGAUUUGCUCAGCAGCUUCCUUACAAUGUUUUAUUUCUAACAUCAAAAUUUAAGCUGCAAUACUCCAUCUCCAGAUGAAUUUCUAAAGAAUUGGCAAUGUUCUUUUGGCAGUUUGGAAGGUGUUUUACAGUGUCUAUUCAUUUGGUGAGGCCUAUUGGAAUCAACAACCACCUGGAGUGUUAACCUCUCUUAAAUCCUACAAAAAGCAUUAGAAAUUCUGGAGUAAUGGCUAUAAAUUUUCUACUUUCCCGGUUAGAUAAUUUAGUUGAGAAAGUAUGGGGGUGGUUAUUAGAUUCAUCCUAACAAUCAAUGAGUUUGUUUAUUUGCUGUUGUAACAAUUGGGCAGCAUCUUAUACUGUUUUAAGUUGCAUAAUAUGAUCAAGUGUGAGACAGCAGUAGUAUUCAAAAUUGAGUCCGACAUCCAUUUCCAUAGUUAAAAUAGCAAAUGGCUUCUUAGGAAUUCUUGAGCUCUGUUUCUCAUUUCCUAAUCUCUAGAUGAAAAGGUAUUUGCAUCUUUUUUUCUGCUUUUCAUAUGUUGGACAAUUGAUGAACUUAGAUGCCUUCAAGCAAACAUGGAUAACUUGUUUUCUGCAUUUAGAUUAAAAAGUUAUUAGAAAGGCUGUAGUGUGGGAGUUUAUCAGGAGGCUUAUCUAUAGACAAAUUAGAUUGUUAUUGUUCAUUUGGUCUGUCAUCUUCUUGUUUUUGUUCCUUCUAGAAUAGACUUGACCCAGUUUUGUAAAAAGAAAUGAAAAAGCAAUUUUCAGGUAUGUGCAUGAGCAUGCAUGUUAAUUCACGCGAUGGUUGCAGGACUGCAUGCAUUUGGUUGCUCUGUGAUGAGACUGCUGGCUGAAAUGGCAUUAGUUCAACUUAGCUAGUAUCUUCCCAAUAUAAAUUGUCCAUGCAAUGUUGUUAGGAUAUUUUACAAGUGCUGUUCACAGCAUGAUCAUUAGAGAAAUGAUGAAAAUUGGGAAUGGUUUGAUAAUAUGAAGAUUGCUUUUGUGGGUAAUAUUUUCAAUAGAUGAUGAGCUUUAUGGGAUCCAUAAGUGAAAAACUCACUGAGCUUGUUACUUGAGGAUCUCAGGAUCAGUGAUUAGUAUUUGAGAUAAGUGAACACUCCCCUUUAAGGUGAUUGCUAGCUUCCGUAGGUCUCACCAGGUGAAUGAAUUUGGGUAAUCUCUACAAGGUAAUUUGUGGUGGAAGUGAAUGCCGUUCAAUGUUCACUCGUGUAAUAUUUUGUUUUUAUUAAAAUAACUAGCUUCUUUGUGGUUGGAUAUGUUUGCAUGGAAGGCCGGAUAAACAUGAUUGGUUCCUUCUAUAUGUUGAUAAUAUUUUAGUUAAUUUUACUUCCUAGUCAAAGUUGGUGUAAAACUGUAAAUGGGAAUUCAUCUAAAUCUUGUAUUGGGUUCUAAGGUAUCAAAACAACUUUUUUCUUCUUCUUAGGAUCA